AACGAAUUCGCUGGCAGUGCAUUUCCGAGUGGACAGCAGACAGAAUCCUGAAUAAAUAAUUUGAAGAUCAUCAUGCGUUCCUUAGUGAGGCUAUCGUUUCCUCUCGUGAGACACUACUGCAAUCGCGGCAUUCCGUAUAAGACCGAAGCCACCCACUCAGGCGUCAACCUCACCGAGACCACUCCUAGUUAUCGUAUGGACCAGUCCAUCGCCCUCACCGACACCUCGACCAAGCAUUCGGUGUUUAAUGAGCAGCGGGUCAGAGUUCAACUUGCUCAGCUUGGAGAUGGGAGUGUUGACCUGGUCAAGGACGACGAGACAGGAGUAGCAAGGAUCGUUCUGAAUAAUCCUAGCAAAGGAAAUGCCUUGUCAGGAAAAAUGAUGGUUGAUUUCUCAGACGUCGUUGAUGACCUAGAGGUGUGGGAGAAUGGAAAGGGUGUUGUUCUUCAUGGCAGUGAGGAGUGUGACCAUUUUUGCAGCGGUGGCGAUGUGUCUGUUUUGAGUGGCUUGGAUAAACCGGAAGCAGGGGGAAUGAUGUGUCUCUUCAUGCAGAACACCCUCAGCAGGCUGCAGCGUCUUCCUAUGAUCAGCGUCGCUCACGUCCACGGGCAAGCAAUAGGGGGUGGGGCCGAGCUCUUGACUGCAUGCGACUUCCGCCUUUGGACGGAAUCCACGGAACUCCAGUUCAAGCAGGCCAAGUUGGGACUUUCCCCUGGAUGGGGCGGCGGUGCACGGCUAGUUGGCAUUGUUGGUCCACAGAGGGCGCUACAGCUUCUUGCAGGAUGCCAGAAGGUUACAGCCUCUGAAGCACUUGAGUUUGGGCUCGCUACUGAAGUCUUGCCAAGAAGUGGUGACAGUGUACAAGAUGCUGCAGAGUGGCUUAGUCAGUACACACAGCCGUCUGUAGACAUCCUCAGUGGUAUCAAGGAACUUGUACUUGCAGCCACCCAUCUUCCUCUGGACAAAGCAUUAAAAGUGGAGCGUGAAAUCUUCACCAGUCGCUGGUGGAGUUCCGAGCAUGAGGAAGGAUUUAAGAAGGUUCUAGAUAAAUUACAACGGGGAAAGUAACACCUGUCGGCACUAUGACAUUGCAUGAGGACACCCAGAAAUGAGUUUUAUUUGUGAUGUUAUUUCUUUGAGUUAGUUGCUUUCUAACUUUAUAUUCUGUGCUGCACCAUCAUCUUAAUAUCAUUUUUCAAUACUUACAGUGUAAGUAUUUGAGGGAAUUGAAUGACCAUUAAACAUUAUGUAUUUUGUAAAAUAUUCAAUUAUUUUGCUGUUGAAUCCUUAAUAAAUGGUCAGUAUGUUCCACUCAUCGCUUGAUGUGGUAAAAUGACAAUUCCCGGA